AAAAAAGCAUGGGUCCGGACGCCAGCCAGCCGUGCCAAAUCAGCAAGCGAGAGCGACGCGCACGCGCUCGGAGCUUUGGGGUCAAAAUGGCGCUCCUCCCGGCGGCGACCCGCGCGGCGGCGGCGGGGCUCUGCCGGAUCGCGGCGAGCGCGUCCUCCUCGCCGCCGUCGUCGGCUCCGGCGAGGAGGGAGCGGGAGCUGCCGCUCGCGCUGCUGGCGGAGCGGGGGAAGAUGGUGGUGGGUGGCCACCGCGGGAUGGGGAUGAACGCGGUGGGGGCUCCGCCGGGGGCCCGCGUCGGGGCCGCCAGGGAGCGGGAGAACACGCUGCUCUCCUUCGGCCGCGCCGCCGCGCACGCCGCCGUCGCCUUCGUCGAGUUCGAUGUCCAGGUCACAAAAGAUGGCUGCCCAAUAAUCUUCCAUGAUGACUUCAUCUUAACACAAGGAAUUGGGGCUGUAUAUGAAAGGCGUGUAACUGAUCUUCUCUUGGAAGAAUUCCUCUCAUAUGGGCCACAAAAAGAAUCUCGCAAGGUCUCUAAGCCUUUACUUAGACGGACAGGAGAUGGUAGAGUCCUUAAUUGGAGUACAGAAGAAGAUGAUUCCCUUUGCACAUUGCAAGAGGUCUUUGAAUGUGUCAGUCCUCAUCUGGGAUUUAACAUUGAGCUAAAGUUCGAUGACAACGUUCUCCAUCACAAGAAAGACCUUGAACGUGCUCUUCAAGCUAUAUUGCAGGUUGUUUUUCAGAAUGCUAGGGAUAGACCAGUUUUUUUCUCAUCUUUCCAUCCUGAUGCGGCUAUGAUGACACGGGAGCUCCAAAGUUUAUAUCCUGUACUUUUCUUAACAGAAGGAGGGACAUCCAAACACCAUGAUUCAAGAAGGAACUCACUGAACAAUGCCAUUCAGGUAUGCUUAGAGCAUGAUUUGCAUGGGAUCGUGUCAGACGUCAGAGGCAUUCUCAAGAACCCUGCUGCAGUCGUCAGAGCACAAGAAUCCAACCUUGCACUUCUCACUUACGGGCAGCUCAAUAACGUGUGGGAAGCAGUCUAUGUCCAGUACCUGAUGGGCAUAAACGGCGUCAUCGUUGAUCAGGUGGAGGAGAUCUCAAAUGCUGUGGCGGGGUUCAGUAAACCAGACCUCAACCGGAGCAGUGCUGGUGUGGACGGAGCAACACAUCAGGCCUUCUCGCAGCAGCAGCUUGGGUUCUUGCUCCGGCUUAUACCUGAAUUGAUUGAGCAGCGACAUUGAAGGUACAUUGAUCAUAAUACCCAAGUGAAAUCUCAGCUUUGACCCUCAAGCGUAUGACCGGCAUUCGUCUUCGGUCGAUGGUUGUUCAGAUAGGACGAGUCUAACAUCAGUUUGACAGUUUAGGUGGUAUACUUUGUAUGUUGAUUGUGAGUGCAUAGAUGAUUCCAUACAGGCCAAACCCAGUUCCCUGUUAGUACAGCCGACCAUGAUCGUGGUCUUGAUACAAAUAUAUCUGUUCACAGAAACUGUUGUCAACAACAGUUAUAACAAGAGUGAUGUACUGAUGUAUGCCAUGUAUCGUUGGAAAGUUACAAGAUUGUAAUUUCCACAUCCAAUUCUUGCUUGCUUUU